UUUUAAAAAUAAAAUUGGCUUUUAUUGGAUUUUCAAAUAGUUUCAUAUUGAGAAAUCAUUUCUCAUAGACAAAAAUACAAAUCAGAUUUUUCAAUUGUAUAUUUUUACACUUGCAUAUUUACAGAGUAAUCAUUUUAUUGUUUGGACUUGGAUGGUUGGUUAUGUGUACUGCAGCUGUUGGAAGCAUUCCUGAUGGGAAAUUUAAGAGGAGAGCAAAUUGGUACAUAAGUAUUAUGUGUUUUCGCAUAUUAUCUAGAGUUUUUUCUGCUAUUGUGACUUAUCAUAAUAGGGAAAACAGGGCAUUAGGUGGAGGAAUAUGUGUGGCCAAUCAUACUUCUCCUAUUGAUGUUGUUUUGCUUGCAAGUGAUAACUGUUAUGCUUUGGUAGGUCAAAGUCAUGGUGGUUUGUUAGGAAUUAUCCAAACUGCUCUGGGCCGUGCUACAUCUCAUAUCUGGUUUGAGAGAUGUGAAGAAAAAGAUAGAGAAUUAGUCACUGAAAGGCUAAAACAGCAUAUAGAAGAUCCUAACAAGUUGCCAAUAUUGAUAUUUCCUGAAGGAACAUGUAUCAAUAAUACCUCAGUCAUGAUGUUUAAAAAGGGAAGUUUUGAAAUUGGUGGAUAUAUAUAUCCAGUGGCUAUCAAGUAUGAUUCAAAAUUUGGAGAUCCAUUUUGGGAUAGUAGUAGAUAUGGAUAUGUUCAUUACUUGUUUCGAAUGAUGUCCAGUUGGGCUAUUGUCUGUGAUGUUUGGUAUUUGCCUCCUAUGAAAAUAUCUGAAAAUGAAACUGCUGUUCAAUUUGCAAAUAGAGUGAAAGCUGAAAUUGCACGAAAGGGUGGGCUUUUAGAUUUAAUGUGGGAUGGACAGCUGAAAAGAAUACAAGUUAAAAAAGAAUGGAAAGAGAAGCAACAAAAAGAAUUUAGUAAAAGAUUCGUAUUAGAAUAGAAGAAAAUAAUAAAUUCGGAUAGUGGAUUGGAAAGAAUACUCAUAAUAACGACCGCAAUCAGAUAUUAGAAUGAAACGAAAGCAUUUAGUAAUUUUUAGAAUAUAGUACAAAGUUUAAUUUAAGUAGCAUUAACUUAACAGAAAUAGUUAGUUAUAUUCUAGUCCUCUGUUCCUAUUAAUAGUUAUAUGAAUUAGAAUCUAUACAGUUGUAAAAAUACUUAAACGAAAAAAGUGAUAUCCGAAAAAUAUUUUUUCAUAAAAUUAUAACGAUAUUUAUAUUUAUUUUUCAUAAAGAAAGUUUGCAACCGUUUUAUAUCUCAUACUGUGUAAAAUAUCCCUUUUUGUAUUUUAUAAGUGGAUAAAUUUCAUCCACAAACUAACUAACAAGUAAGUACCAAAUAGAAUUCUAAAGUCUAAAUCGAUAACGUUAUUUUAAUAACACUUAUUAAUCAUUUAUUUUAUUUUUUCAAAUUUACAAGAAUUCUUUUUAAUGAAGUCUUUCAUUUUUUGUAUCUAUAACAAUGGCUUAAAAUUGAAUUCAAAUCAAAAACUAAUUUAAAUUAAUUGGUAAUUUUAAUCCGAACCAAAUCAGAUUUGAUAGAAAUAUUCGCUUUUGAAAUUUAAAUUUAAUCAAAAUCUUUUACGAAUUGUACUAGUUUCAUUUUAAGUUGUAUAAAUAACAGUGCAGUCUUAAACUAAAUACAACCGGUUAAAGGUCUAUCGUAAUUUCAUACUUUAUAUUUAAUAAUAUAAAUAUUUGCCGUUAUAAAUUUACGUAAAAAAUAACUAAGUUUAUAAUAACAAAUAUUUACAUUAGUAAUAAUUUUAUUAAUUUUUUAAAUAAUUUUUUUAGAAUUUAAGAAAAUAAAAUUAACGAUAUUAAUUGAAAAUAAAUUAAGCGAAUUAACGAUAUUACUAGGUAUUUCGUGAUUUUCUGCAAUUACAAAAUUCCAACGAGUGUAAUCAUUGUCUCAAUUUUAAGAUCAUUUAUUUAUUUCAGAAAUUUAAAAUGUUCUUUCAUUUCCCGAAUUUAAAUGAUUUUUUUAUUACCGAAUGAAAAGAAAUAUUAUUUUUAAUAUUAAGUAAUGUUACGUAACAUUAAUUACACAUUUGGUAUUACGUAAUUACAUAUUUUGGUAAUAACAUUAAUUAAAAAUGUUAUAUUACCAAAAUAGUGCUCCUCUGUAUUUUAAUGAAGGAUAUAAGAACAGAUUUGUUAUCCGUUCGGAUCAUAGAAAUCACAUAAACAGAAAAUGAAUCAAAAUUGUGACUAUUACAAAUAUCGAAGACAAAAAAAUCUAAUUCAAUGCGUUUAUUUAAAACGGCAUUACGAUUUAUAUCGUGUUAUAUAAAAUACUAAUCUAAAUAAUUAUAGCCGAAAUUAUUAUAAAGUUUUUCAAUUUAAAUACUGCACGAUUAAUUAACAAUUAAAUUAUUUUAUUAUUUUUUAAUGAAUUUAUUAACAAGUAAACGUUUCAUUCGAUUUAGAAUUUAGGGCUACUAACCGCCAUUGUGGUCUACGUGCAUAUUAGAUUUUAAAUUAGCAUCCCGACGUAAUUUGAAAAAUCUGCUAUUUUUCAUAGUGUCCAUAUUCUUACUAUUUGUUAACGCCAUUUUAUUAGUCUUUUUUUCAUACGGAAUUUCCCGACAAAAUGAACUCCCACAGCGCGAGCUAAUUAUCUGGCUUUUUAUCCGAAUUAUGAAUGACACGAGUCCGGUGGGAAAUAAGUUUCGAAUAAGAAUUGGACACGUAACUUAAGAAACGUUGCCGGGAACUGUUGACGGCCGUUUCUUCUACGUAAAGGAUAUCGUCUCUUUAUAUUUUAAUAAAACUUGUGGAUUAAAAGUCGAAUUUUAUUAAGACAAAAGUCGACUUUGGCAGCCGGUAGAAUCGUUAAGCAAUAUUAAAAAAAUAGCCUACUUGUAGUCUCUCUUAUAUUAUGGACGGAAACUUUCUCGUUUUUAAAGCCGAUAUUCCUUGCUGUUUACGCAUUCUUUCAAAAGAAUUAAAAUAAAAAGAAAUAAACUUUAAAAUUAUUUAAUUACGUCCGCAAUUAUAACUUUCGGUGGAUCUUCCAAAUUGAAAUUCGGACAGAAGACUGUUUCCGAGCAAGGAUCGAAUUAUCUCGUUAAAGAUUAAUAAAGGUCUUUCUCGAUGACCCCGACGAUAUACAUACAUAUAAAAGUAUUGUAAUUGGAAACUCGGAAACGAUGCGUCGUUGGUUAGUUUAUAUUUUUGAGUUUCGUAAUUUAGGUAAAUUAUUAUUUUGUUUUGUUGGUGAUGUCUCGACUCGACUAUUAUAAACGAAAACCGUACGGUUAAAUAAUUUCUUGGAAUGCCGCAUUUGAAAGAAUAUCGUGGCCUUUGCGACUUACUCGAUAAUCUCAUAACAGAAUCUCGAAUUUUUAACCUUUAAAUUGUCCUUGUUGUUGUUUUCUAACAUAUUUAUUUGUUUUCAGAAAAAAAAAAACAAAUUUUCAUGCUCUAUUUAAUUUUCUUACGUAAUAAUUAUAUUAAUGAAGCGUAAUAAUAAUUCGUUUUGACAGUACGAGUUACAUUUCUAACGCAACCGAUUUCUACUGGUUGUCGGAGGGACCAACCCGCGAUUAAGGAUAA